GACUUGGAGAAUGUCCCGAGGGAUUGCGAAGAAUUGCAAAUGUUGCGAAUGCAAUAUUAAUGAUCACGAGAUGAUACUGAUGUACCGUGAAUACUAUUAUCGGCAUGGCGAAAAAAAGUAUAAAGUCACAGUGUUCGAUCUCGAAAUUAUGAGAUUAUCGACUCAUUCAUCCAAGAAGAUCUGAAGAAUUGAAACAAAUAUUACAUCAUGAUCACGACUGGAGUUUUUUUGGCCCUAGUUGGUUGUAUUGGGGCUCUCAGUCCAAUCGCCGUGGUUCCUCAAGGCGUCGUCAAUGGCAUUUUUUCCCCCGUUCCAGGAGUCACUUUUCCUGUUGCCAAAUUUCUCGGUAUACCUUUUGCAAGACCGCCCCAACGCUUUAGUCCACCCGUGAUACCGGGCUCAUUCGCAAGCAAUUUAUACAACGCGACGCAGCUUAAACCAGCAUGUAUCCAGCAAUUCAACUAUCCAGAAGCUGCUCGUGCUUUCACACUUGAUCUCUUCAAUAAUCCGCCACCUGCAUCAGAGAGUGAAGACUGUCUAUAUCUCAAUGUAUAUGCUCCAUCUGCAGCUACUCCAGCUUCAUUACUUCCCGUAAUGGUAUGGAUUUAUGGUGGUGCUUUGCAGUUUGGCUCAGCAUCGUCUCCGUACUAUGAUGGUAGUAAUAUAGCUGGGAAGCAAAACGUGAUUGUCGUAACUUUCAACUACCGAACUAAUGUUUUUGGCUUUCCAAAUUCUCCGGAAUUGCCCAACAUAGCACAAAACUUAGGACUUCUUGAUCAAAGACUAGCACUAGCUUGGAUCAGAGCCAAUAUCUUAGCAUUUGGUGGAGAUCCCCUGAAAGUAACGAUAUUCGGCGAGUCCGCCGGUGCACUCUCUGUAGAUGCUUUAGUCACCAGUCAUCCAAUUUUUCCACCGUUCCGCGCAGCAAUUAUGCAAUCUGGGCAAGACAGUGUUCGGACCCUAACAGCUACACCCGGACUUGGCACCGUUUCUGGCACCCUAUCUUGGAAUGCCCUCGCGGCUGGUCUUGGCUGUUCUAAUACCGGGAGCGCGCUUGCUUGCCUACGAGCUGCCGACGCACUCACCAUUAAAGCUUACAUUGAGCACGCGGGACUAUCGUUCCAGCCAGUUGUCGACAACGUAACUCGUGUUUCAAACCCACAGCUUAAGAGAUCGAAUCGUGAAAUUGCAAACGUACCGGUACUUAUCGGUUCAAAUGCUCAGGAAGGUUCUGCUUUCGUCUAUGGACAAAGUGAUAUUACAGCAGCUUUACAAGAACUCUUUCCGGGCAAUGCCACACUACAGGCUGAAGUUCUUGCUACGUUUUCUGUUGGUCAAGAUGGAUUGAACACACCCGCUGCUGUCAUCGAACAAAUUUAUACCGACAUAAUAUUCCAAUGUCCUAGUGCUAUUGUCGCAAACUCAAGCUCCGCCGCCGGCUAUCCCACCUUCCGUUAUUACUAUAAUGCAACAUUUGCCAACAUCCAACCAGUUCCAGGUCUCGGCGCUUAUCACUCCUCAGAAAUCCCCCUCGUCUUUGGCAACUUACCUUCAAACUCUACACCAACAGAGAUAAGCCUAAGUGCCUUGAUCCAAAAGUCUUGGGCCGACUUUGCCAAAAAUCCCCAAACGGGUCCAGGGUGGAAUAGAUUGAAUAUUUUUGCGGGUGUCAAUAAUGUUGCUGUGUUCAAUGUUAACGGGUUAGGAAGUGUGAAUGGAGGAGUGUUGGACAAGCGGUGUGCUGUUUUCAAAUACGGUUUGGGAGGGUUCUAGGAAGAUAGAUGCAUUACAUAAUUCUAUCAAUUUUUUGGAGUUAGAAGUUAGUGAUAUCAUGUAUUGUCGUGCAUCCUCGCGAUGUGCAUUACACUAUACCAAUGGCUUGGUUCGCGAUUCGCUCUUAGAGUAUUGCGUACACCUUGCACAUACAUGCAUACAUAUACAGCACAUAUGAGACAAAAAUGUUGCUAGACGGUAAGCA